GUUGGUUUUCUAUUUGUCGCUGACUGUUAUGUUCCAGUACACAUACAUGAUCGCGUCUCCUUCCUCAGGAAUUGCAAUUUCUCUACUACAUGAUGUCAGAUUUUUCGUAUUCUUGGGCUGAGACGGGGAAUAUAUCCCUUGGAGGUGUCAACCGCACGGACAUUCUAUUUAUACAAAGUCUAAGUAGUCUACUAGACGCAUCAUAUUCCUUUUGGGCUGUCUUCUUGCUUUUCUCAUGGUGUCGAUUAGGAGUGUAUCUCUGGCCAAACCCGGUGGUGAUUUCCACUCAUCGUCGCAGUGUGAAUCUCAGGAUCGAUAAAGGAAAGCUCUCACGCGGGUUCUGAACUUGGCAUUUCCUAUUGCG